ACAAUUCUGCCGCCCCAGCUGCCGUCGCGAACGGUCACAAAUCACUCAACAAAGCAAAACCGGCAAUUGUCAUGCAUAAAGCGGCCUAAACUCAAUAAAAUUAGCUAUCUGCAGCAUACCCACCCAAAGACUCAUGGGUCGAACCUAAUGCAAAUGCAAAUGCGAUUCUUUAAUUUAGUGCAAUUGGUAACGUCAAAGCAUCAGCAACGCGUCAAAUUCGAUAAAUACUGAAAAAAUUUAAAUGGAAUUGAAAAUUUGAAAAAAAAAAAUAAAUAAAAGUGGAUUGCCUCAAAUCAGUGUUUGAGAUUCGUUCGUAUACUUUUGCGCCGGACUUUGAAGAAACUGCAGCCUCUCCCCCGCCGCCGUCCAAAAUCACCACAUCCACGAUGAAACGUUUCAAUUGUUUUAGUUUACGUUCAUUUGGAUUUGUUGUAGCCGGCUUUGAUAUCAUUGUAGCUCUAUGUACGCUGGCACUUUGCUCCUGGUAUCUGUGGACCGAUAUUGUUCAUGUAUUUUAUUGGCCUCAGGACGAGGUGAAAAUAUUAAGUCCGCUAAGUAAUUUCAUUGCAACAAUGGUUGAUUAUAUUCUCGUGCAUAAUUUCUCCAAUGCAUUCUAUAUGGUUUUGGCUGUUACUGUUUGGGUGAAAUCGUUGAUUAAUUUAAUAGUUGCUUCUAUACUCAUGGAUGGUAUAAGAAAGCAGCGUCUUGUUUGCAUUGCUCCCUGGCUCAUAAACACCAGCAUUUCGAUUGCCAUUGAGAUAGCCGUAUUCGUUUUCAUGGUAAUCAAAAUGAAUGAAUUCGAAGAGGAAAUAGCAUUGGAUCGACGCAUUGUGCACAGUGUGAUUUUUGGUGUAUUUAUGGUUUUUAAUGCGCUCUCGGUGUUCGGCAUAUUUGCAUUAUACAAAAUGCUCAAAGCUACCGCUAAUGAGAAUCGUACACUACAGGAGAGUAUUGUGGAAGCAGCUGGUCUCUAUCAGCAUGUUAAAGUUUAAACAUAUGAACUCACAUAUACUUCUUAGCCUCAAAGGAAAGGCGUUUUCGCAAAUAGGUUGCGGCAUUUAAUGGUACAACAAAACAGCAAUUUAGUUGUUCGCUGUACGUUAUUGAAAAACGCAUUUAUUGAAAAAACAUAUACAAAAUUUUAAAAACUUGAAAGGCAGCAAAGGAAAUAAAUAAAAGCUCUUGUGAAACAGAAAUUGAAAUAAAGUCGGCCUAGAGUAUAAACGAUUAUUUGCAAUUAGUAUUAAUGGAGUUCGCCGAAGAAC